CAAUGUCAUUUUUAAGUCAAAACUAGAAAAACAAUAAACGCACGUGUGAUUUUAUAAAGAGCUCUCAAAAUUAAUUUGGAAUAAUAAUAAAACAGAAUGGUUAAGCCAAAAAAAGCCAAUUUAGUUCAAAAUAAAAAUGUAGCUUUGGAGAAGCAAUUAGUUCAGGGUAAAAUAACGAAACGAAAAAACAAAGAUAAGUUUCAUUUGCGCGCAGAAGAAAGUUCGAUGCUAGAUAGUAAAACAAGCAAAAAAAUUUUAGAUGCUGCGAAAGCCCAACAGUUGGAACUUAACGAUGAUAAUUUCCCUAGCCUAGGGGGGGAAAAAGCCUACACUCAUGUCAACAUAGGAGAAAUUGCUGAAGAGGACGAAAAUAAAGAUGUCACUGAAAAUGACUUUAUGGAUAAUUUAGAAAUCGAUGCAGAAGAUGCCAAAGCAUUCGAACGUUUUCAAAAUCCUCAGGAAGGAAAGCGAACAUUAAAAUUAUCUGAUAUCAUACUGGAAAAAAUUCAAGAAAAACAACAAGAUAUUCAGAGUAAACUCACUGAUAAUGGAUCUCUUAAUAUAGAGGAUAUAGACCCCCGGGUGCGAGAAAUGUAUGAAGGAGUUAGAGAUGUAAUGAAGCGGUAUCGAAGUGGAAAAGUGCCGAAAGCAUUUAAAAUUAUUCCAAGACUACGAAAUUGGGAGCAGAUUUUAUUUAUAACGGAACCGCAUAAUUGGAGUGCUGCAGCUAUGUUUCAAGGAACUCGUAUAUUUUGUUCAGUUCUCUCGCACGCAAUGGCUCAGCGGUUUUAUAAUUUGGUUUUGUUGCCGCGCAUUAGAGACGAUCUUUGCGAAUAUAAAAAACUUAAUAUGCAUUUGUACAAUGCUUUAAAAAAAGCACUAUUCAAACCAGCUGCUUUUAUGAAAGGUAUAAUACUUCCUUUGUUAGAGGCUGGAGAUUGCACUUUGCGAGAAUCAAUUAUAUUUGGAAGCGUCAUCGCACGCAGUUCGAUUCCCGUAUUGCAUUCGUCAGCAUGUUUACUCAAAAUAUGUGAAAUGGGAUAUACAGGAGCAAAUUCAAUAUUUAUUCGCUACUUCCUUGACAAACGUUAUGCAUUACCUUACCGUGUUAUCGAUGCCGCCGUUUUUCAUUUUAUUAGAUUUGAAAAUGAUAAACGUGAAAUGCCUGUAUUGUGGCAUCAAAGCUUAUUAACGUUUGCACAACGUUAUAAGAACGACAUUUCUUCCGAGCAAAAAGAAGCUUUGCUUAAUUUAUUAAGAAAGCAAUCACACCCAAAGAUUACACCUGAAAUUCGAAGAGAACUUUUGGCAUCAAGUUGUAGAGAUAUUGAAAUGAUGGAAUAUAGCAACGAGACUGCUGCAAUGCCAGUAGAAAUGUACACUGAUAAAGAUGUUUGCUAUGAAUAAACAUGUUCAACGUAUAGCAUGUAAAUGUGAUUCUGUAUUUAUUGCUAGUUAUCAAUAAUUAACCAAGAUUUCUAGAAAAGCUUUUAUUUAUCUAAAAACUAGAAAAAGAGAAGAAAUGAGAGAGUUAAAAGCAGAGGAGUUGUUAAGGGAUUGUAUCAGUGUGAAAUUUUCGAAAAAUGGAUAUUAUUAUUCUAUUUAUAUUAUACCUUAUCGGAUACUAUGCAUUGAAGUAAACAUUCUCUCAUAUUUUGAAAACGAAAUAAAAAUUAUUACAGUCACUACAACGUUUCAUGUAGAAACGGAACAGAGUGGAGAACAUACCGACUCCAAUCUAUAAACGCUCUUUUUCUCAGAAAAGUGGUUUUCAAAACGGUUUCCACUAUCAAAGGAAGGUUUUUUGAACAUAUCUAGUUCCAAUUUGGAGAGAACAUUUCUUUUAUCGUCAUUCUCUAUAGCGCUAUGGAAGGUUUUUUUUACGAAAAACUGUAGAAAAUAAGGGAAUAAGGAAAUAAUCGAAACUUUUUGUUCAAACAGAUUAAUAAACUUUUUGAAAUGUUUGUUUCAAAUCAAAAUUGCGGCCGCAAUCAUGGA